AUGUACGAACGCCAUAAGAGGCGAUACAGCCUGUGCGACAUUUCCAAGGUGGACAGGACUGUAGAUGUUGUGUUGUUAAAGAUAAACCGCGAAAGCUGGUGUUCGCUGGAGCCAUGUCCCAAUUCUUCCCUGCUGGAACGCAAGCGGACGCGGGAGUCUCCAGAAUGUGAGAGUUUCUUGGAGGAUGGGCUGAGUAGCGUCUGUGCCUCAUCACAGGGUGUCCUUAAAAGAGAGUCCGGGAGCGAGUCUGACCUCUUCCCUUUGCCUGGUGAUGGGAUGGAAGACCUUGUCUUUGGAAAGCCUGAAGAGGAGCAGUCUGCAUGCGAUGUCACCAGCUCCAGUUCCUCUGCAGAUGACACCAUGUCCCUGGAGAGGAACUCAUCCCUGGGCAGCGACACGUCCCUUCCCUUCCCGCCGACGGCGAACUUCCUCCAGCCCAAGGACAGGCUGGACAGCCUGGAUGGCAGCUGCACCAACAUGGUGGCUGCAGAGGGAGGAGAGAAGGAAGAGGAGCUGGACAGUAUCACGGAUGUGCCCACUCAUUCCUCUGUCUUACGAAACUCCAUGCGUCCACUGUCACCUUUCCGUCGACACAGUUGGGGGCCGGGCAAGAAUGCCACCAACGAAGCAGAAAUAAAUCAGAGGAGUUACAGCCUAGAAGGCCUUGCUGGAGACUCUGGUGAGAACAAGAAGCCCUCUACAAACUUGGAGGCUUCUUCUCUGAGCUCCAAAGACCUCAGACGGAGUCCGCUUGCCAGCAAUCAGUGUGGGUCCCUGGUCUUGCUCACUGAAGAACUCGAGCAAGGGGAAGUCAGAGACUACGAUCACCAGAUGCAUCAAACAUCUCAGCCGCAAGGAUUUAAUUUCUGUUCUUCUGCUGUUUCAUCUCCACUGACCAAAUCUGUGUCUCUAAUGUCAAUUAGUAAACCAGCGCAGGACAGUACGCAGACAUUCGGCAGCCCCACGGGUUCCUCGGUUCCGAGCAUAUCUGAAGAGAGCAGCAGUGACCGCUCUAAAGGUGGAACAAAAGUCAGUCGCACCUUCAGCUACCUCAGGAAUAAAAUGUCCAGCAGUAAGAAGAGCAAAGAAAAAGAGAAGGAUAAAGAGAAGACUAAAGAGAAGGACAAAGAUUCCAAGGAGAAGGAAAAAGACAAGAAGCUGUUAAACGGACAUCUCUUCACUGCAACCUCCGUUGUAGCCCAAGCAACCUGUUACCACUGUAUGAAACCUUUCAAUAAGGAUUCGUACUACUGUGCAAACUGCAAUGCAAUUGUUCACAAAGGCUGUAAGGAGAGUUUUGCUUCUUGUGCAAAGGUCAAAAUGAAGCCACAGAGAGGGAUGCUGCAGGCACAUGAUACCUCUUCGUUACCCACAGUGACCAUGAGAAAUAAAAGCUCACAACCGAAGGAGCGCCCUCGCUCUGCGAUACUUGCUCCUGAUGAAAACACCGUAACCUCAAUAUUCAAUAACAGGAGAUCACAACAGCCGACAGCACUUUCGAAAAGUGUCUCAAUACAGAACAUUGCAGGAGUUGGGAAUGAUGACAGCUUAAUACACACUUGGAAAUUCCUGUCACAGUCAACAGACUCCUUACAUAAAAUCAGCCGGGUGAAUGAAUCCAUGGAGUCACUGGUUGAUGAGGGUGCGGACAUGAACGAAGGACAGCUGAUGGGAGACCUGGAAUUAGAUUCCAAGCAACUGGAGGCAGAGUCUUGGAGCCAAGUAGUGGACAGCAAGUUCCUACAGCAGCAAAGCAAAGAUAUUGUCAAACGGCAAGACGUCAUUUACGAGCUAAUGCAGACGGAAAUGCAUCAUGUCCGCACCCUGAAGAUCAUGAACGAUGUAUACAGCGCAGGGAUGUUAAAGGAACUGCAGUAUGAUCAACAAGUUGUAGACAAGAUCUUUCCCUGCCUGGAAAACUUGCUGCACAUCCACAGUCACUUCUUCCAGCGGAUUCUGGAAAGGAAGAAGGAGUCGUUGGCAGACAAAAGCGAAAAGAACUUUGUUAUCAAGAGGAUAGGUGACAUCCUAGUGAAUCAAUUCUCUGGUGAGAGUGCCGAGCGAAUGAAGAAAACAUAUGGCAAAUUCUGCGGGCAUCACAAUGAGGCAGUAAAUAACUUCAAAGAUCUGUACUCAAAGGACAAGCGGUUUCAGGCAUUUGUCAAGAAAAAAAUGAGCAGCUCCCUGGUGAGGCGUCUUGGGAUUUCUGAAUGUAUCUUGUUGGUAACACAGAGAAUCACGAAGUACCCAGUCCUUUUACAAAGGAUACUGCAGUACACCAAAGAAAAUGAAGUGGAGCACGAAGACUUGACUCAGUCAUUAAACCUCGUUAAAGAUGUGAUUGCUGCAGUCAAUAGCAAAGUCAGCAAUUAUGAAAAGAAAAUGCGUCUUGGUGAGAUUUACAACCGGACGGAUAGCAAGUCCAUCAUGAGGAUGAAGAGUGGCCAGAUGUUUGCAAGAGAGGACUUGAGGCAUCGGAAGCUCAUCCGAGACGGGCCUGUUUCACUAAAAAAUGCAGCUGGCCGGUUAAAAGAAGUCCAAGCUGUUCUCCUCUCUGACAUGCUUGUAUUCCUUCAGGAGAAGGACCAGAAGUAUGUCUUUGCCUCACUGGACCAGAAAUCCACUGUGAUCUCUCUGAAGAAGUUGAUUGUACGAGAAGUGGCUCAUGAAGAGAAGGGUUUGUUCCUGAUCAGUAUGGGUGUAAAAGAUCCCGAAAUGGUGGAAGUCCACGCCAGCUCCAAAGAAGAGCGUAACGGCUGGAUGCAGAUCAUUCAAGACACAAUGAACACCAUGGAUAAAGACGAAGACGAAGGAGUCCCUUGUGAGUCUGAGUUUGAAAAGAAAGUGUCGGACGCGAAAGUGAGGGGACUAAAAGAACAACUUCAGCAGAAGGAUAAGCAGAUUCUCCUCUUGCUGGAGGAGAAGGCUAAGAUCUUCCGGGACAUGGCAGACAGUUCUGUGCAGGAGGACAUGCCAGGCUCCAGGCUGCUCUUCAGAGCCAACACAGAAGAGGCACCAAAAGGAGAGGCCAUUAUGAAAACUGCAAUAAAUGAAGUUGAACUGCUGCAAGACCUGGUGAACAGGAGCCUGGGCACUGUCCUCGGACAGCAGGUCAGCAGCACUGCCAUGGAACAAGAAGGAGGAGUUGGUCCCAUCUCUCUCCCUAGAAGGGCAGAAACUUUUGGAGGAUUUGACAGUCAUCAGAUGAACGCCUCCAAGUGUGGAGCAAAAGAUGAAGGAGAUGAUGCUCAGGACCUUCGGAGAACAGAGUCAGACAGCAUUUUAAAGAAGGGUGGAAAUGCUAAUCUGAUGUUCAUGUUGAAAAGGAAUAACGAGCAGGUCCUCCAAAGCAUUACCAGCCUCCAUAAGCUGCUCAGUGCUUUGCAGGGUGUCGUGCUGCAGCAGGACACCUACAUCGAGGACCAGAAGCUGGCUCUGAGCGAGAGGGCUCUGACCCGAAACUUCUUCCGGCCAACCUCAUUGCUGGAGCAGGAGAAGCAGCGCAACCUGGAGAAGCAGCGCCAGGAGUUGGCCAAUCUGAAGAAGCAGCAGACACAGCACCAGGAGGAGAGGCGGAGGAGAGAGAAAGAAUGGGAAGUCCGGGAGAAGGAGCUGGCAGAGCAGGAGGCCCACCUGGCCCAGCGAGAGGAGCAGGUCCAGAGAGGGUGGCAGGAUCUUGAGCGGGAGCGAGAGGAGCUGCAGAUGAAGAAGGCCUCCUACCAGCAUGAUCUGGAGAGGCUUCGCACAGCGCAGAAGCAGCUGGAGAAGGAGAAGGCACAGUUCAAGCAAGAUGUGGAGCGGUUAGCUCAAAUGCGGCAGGAGCCUGACCACAACCAGGUUUCAAAUCUACACGAGAAACUUGCAAGGGUCGCCUCCCAGUCCAGCAUCGAUGACUCCGCCAAGCAGAAGAGCCCUUCCCUUCCUACACAAGGGCACUUUGAUGCAGAACUGUCUGUCUCCCCCAAAAGGAACAGUCUUUCAAGGACACACAAAGAGAAAAGCACUUUCCAUUUGCUUAGCACAACAAACCAGACUAACAAGGCGGCUGAGGAACAGCCCCAGAUGCCUACCCGCCUCUUCAGUUUAGCCAAACCAAAGGACAAGAAAGAAAAGAAGAAAAAGGGCAGGGGACAUCGCUCCCAACAGUCUGAUUCUCACUCAUCAGAAGCACCUCCAGAGGGUGAGGAGAUCUUCUGCUAAGCACGGACAGUUCCAUCGGUCACUCAGCAUUGGUACAGUGGACAUCUACCUGCCCGCUCCACAGCACACUGCUGGUGCCUGCAUCUGACAAGCAUCUGGAGGUUUUAACUAAAACAUGUUAUGAAGUCUGUUAAGUGGUGGGAAAAGGCCUCUCCCCUGUGGUUUUGCGUGAAUUCUCACCACAGAGGCUGACUGCAUGGCAAAUAGCACUGUCUCUCUGUGCAAACCUUGGGUUAAGCGGAUUGGGAUAGAGGUUUUCUGUCUCUUCUUACUGCUAAAGGAUGAGAGAACAUAGCCUUAAGGGGUCUGUGCCUUCAAAUUCUCCUUUUCUGGGGAACGUAACCAAAACCAAGCAUUUAGCAAAAGAUGAGGACUCUAAAAUGGUGCGUACACACUGGCAUAUAUAGAUAUACUGUAUAUAUACAUGUAUGUAUCUAUGUAUCCUCUGGGAUAUGCUUACAGUCUGUACAGCCAAGCUUAGCUCAGCCCAUGGGGAUAGAUGAUACCUGAUGACUUUCAGGGAGCGUGUAGAUAUUAAAUAUCUUGCCCUUACUGCUCCAAUUGUAAUGCCAUUGACUUGCACGCCCCUUUUGUACUCAUGGU